UCAAAAUUUUUAGAUAUAUCCCAAUUAUUCUCUGAAUCUGGUAGCUUCUCAACAUUUUCUUCUAUGAAUGAAAAUAAAAUAUCUUCGAUAUAUUCUGAUAAAGUGCUACUUGAAUCAUAUAGGGAUCUCUCAGACUAUGUGUAUCCAUCUAACAAUAUUCUGGCGAAUUCU